AGAGAAAGAUUUCGAUGGCAACGAUUCAGUACCAAAGAUCUAUUUCAAACGUCUACUACAUUUGUAGCCAAAAAAACCUUUUAAAACAAAAUGAAAUUUCUGGUGAUCGUAUUUGUGGCUCUGUUUGCUGUGGCCUCCUGCCUGCCCCAGUUCGGAGGAUUCGGCGGUGGCUUUGGCGGUGAGCAGCAGCAGCAACAGCAGCAGCAGGAUGCUGGUUUCGGCGGCGGCUUCGGCGGCGGAUUCGGCGGCGAGCAGCAGCAGCAACAGCAGGAGGCUAGUUUCGGCGGCGGCUUCGGCGGUGGAUUCGGCGGCGAGCAGCAGCAGCAACAGCAGCAGCAGGAGGGCGGUUUCGGCGGUGGCUUCGGCGGCUUUGGCGGUGGAUUCGGUGGCGAGCAGCAGCAGCAACAGCAGCAGGAGGGAAUAUUCUAAAUUCUAAAACGGGCACCGAUUGUGCCCGACGUUGUUAUGCCAUUGAAAGUUCCUCUGCGAGGGACUAGAGAGGACUCUCUACUCAACUCUUUUAAACUAAAAACAAAAUAAAAAAAAUCUAAAAAACAAAACCAAAAAAAAAAAAAAAACGUUGCAAAAAGUUCGAGACAAAAAAAAAAUCCGCUAUGCUUGAGGCCAGUGACUCAUGAAUUAUUUCGUGCAAGUGUCAAAUAAUCUAAUGAUCAUAAAUGAACAUUUCAUUUGAUUAGCAUAGAGAUAGCAGAGCGAAAGACAGAGACAGAGAUGCCAAGCAAAAACCUGUAUUUUGUGUACAAAAAAAAACAAAAAGUCUAUCUGAGGAAUCCCCCCUAUGAAAGCACUAAGCUAGACAUAUCUGAGACCAGUUUUGAGUCUCACAAAAAAACACAAAUAAAUGGCAGAGCAACUCGAA